AUGCUGAGAGUCCGGAGAAGGGGCUACUUUAGGGCUUUGUCGUUCCCCUUGCUAGUGGCGAUGGUGUGUGCACAAAGUGUCAAAGACCCCAGUAACAUGUCAUUGGUGAAGGAGACCGUUGAUAGACUGUUGAAGGGCUAUGAUAUCCGUUUGAGGCCAGAUUUUGGAGGUGAUCCUGUGCUGGUUGGCAUGAACAUAGACAUUGCCAGUAUAGAUAUGGUUUCAGAAGUCAAUAUGGAUUAUACUUUGACGAUGUACUUCCAACAGGCUUGGCGGGACAAACGGCUUUCCUAUUCAGAAAUACCCUUGAAUCUCACAUUGGACAACAGAGUGGCUGAUCAGCUCUGGGUUCCUGACACAUAUUUUCUUAAUGAUAAAAAGUCUUUUGUGCAUGGUGUCACUGUAAAGAACCGAAUGAUACGUUUGCACCCAGAUGGCACAGUUUUAUAUGGUCUCAGAAUUACCACAACAGCUGCUUGCAUGAUGGAUUUACGAAGGUACCCUCUUGAUGAACAGAACUGUACUCUUGAAAUAGAGAGCUAUGGGUACACCACAGAUGAUAUUGAAUUCUACUGGCGUGGAGGUGACAGAGCUGUGACUGGAGUGGAAAAGAUUGAGUUACCACAGUUUUCCAUUGUUGAUUAUCACCUCAUUUCCAAGAAUGUUGUUUUCUCUACAGGUGCUUACCCCAGGCUUUCCCUCAGCUUCAAGCUUAAAAGAAACAUUGGUUACUUCAUUCUGCAAACAUAUAUGCCCUCCAUCUUGAUCACCAUCCUCUCUUGGGUGUCUUUUUGGAUUAAUUACGAUGCAUCAGCUGCAAGAGUUGCUCUAGGUAUUACCACGGUACUUACUAUGACUACAAUCAAUACCCAUCUCCGGGAGACUCUUCCAAAGAUCCCCUAUGUUAAAGCUAUUGAUAUGUACCUGAUGUGCUGCUUUGUGUUUGUGUUUUUGGCCCUUCUGGAGUAUGCACUGGUAAACUACAUCUUUUUUGGAAGAGGACCACAGCGACAGAAAAAGAUUGCAGAGAAAGCAGCAAAAGCGAACAAUGAGAAGAUAAGAGCAGAAAUUAACGAGGACAGAGUAGUUCUUGGGACAUAUCAUGUAUCUGACCUUUAUCUGACCAAAAUGGAUCCACAUGAAAAUAUUCUCCUCAGCACACUGGAGAUUAAGAAUGAAAUGAGUGCUGCUGAGAUUUCAAUGGGUAUUGGUGAUCCCAGAAGUACCAUGAUGCCAUACGAUAGUUCUGGUAUUCAGUACAGGAAGGCAGGACUGUCCAGGCACAAUUUUGGCAGGGGCGCCUUGGAAAGACAUGUAGCCCAAAAGAAGAGCAGACUACGGAGACGUGCUUCCCAAUUGAAAAUUAAUAUCCCUGAUUUGACUGAUGUGAAUGCCAUUGACAAGUGGUCACGGAUGAUUUUUCCCCUCGUUUUUGGAUUUUUCAAUGUAGUCUACUGGCUGUAUUAUGUGAAUUAAGCUGAAGAAUGUACACAGACAGUACCUUUACAUAUUUUAUUUGUUUUGCAACAAGUUGGAACCAUCGUUUUGAAUAUGAGGUUGUUCAGAACAAAUUUUGCAUGCACUUUAACUCC